AUGGAAGUAGCAUUGUUCAAAUUAAGAGUUAUGAAAAGGAGCACACCUGUGGGACUAUUGAACGCAAUGUUCAUGCUAACUCAUCAUGGAGCUUUUAAAGAAAUGGUGAAUGAAGAUCUAUGUGUCAUAGCUUCAAGAUCACAGCUCUAUAGAGUAAGGCAAAAGGCAACUGCUGUAAGUGAAGGGACUUACACAAAACAGUUUGAGACUCUUUGGGAUUAUGUUGAGGAGCUAAAAAAGACAAAUGUGGGAACUACCGUAAAGAUUAAGUCCAAUUUGGAGGGUGGCAAAUAUAGAUUUGAAAGGAUUUAUAUAUGCUUAGCAGCUACAAAGAAAAGAUUUAUUGAUGUUUUGAGGCCAGUUGUUGGUUUGGAUGGUUGUUACAUCAAAGGGAAACACCCUGGCCAAUUACUAUCUGUUGUUGGUGUUAAUCAUAACAACGGCAUGUAUCCAAUAGCUUAUGUAGUGGCAAAGGCUGAGAAUUAUGCAACUUGGACUUGGUUUUUAGAACUCUUAGCUGUUGAUCUUGGCAUUGAAAAUAGCAAUGGCUACGUGUUCAUUACAGAUAGACAAAAGAGCUUAAUUGAUACAAUUGGUGACAUGUUUCCAAACUCUGAGUAUAGGCAUUGCCCUAAACAUUUGUAUCCCAAUUUUAUACUUGCUGACCAUAGAGGAUUAGUUCUAAAACAACAUAUGGAGGUUGCUGCAAGAAAUACAACUAUACCUUGGUUUCAAGCAGAGAUGAAAAAGCUCCAAGAUUUUUCAAGACCAGCUUUUGAGUGGUUGUCAAGGCUUGAUCUAAUGCAGUGGUGUAAAUCUCACUUCAAAACACACUCAAAAUGUGACAUUCCCUUAAAUAACAUGUGUGAGGCAUUCAACAAGUCUAUUCUUGAUGCUAGAGACAAGCCUAUCAUAACAUUGCAUGAGAGGAUUAGGUAUUACAUCAUGUUGUUGAUAGCAAAUAGAAAAGAAGCUAUGGAGAAAUGGGCUAUGAUGUGGGGCCAAGAGUUUUUGCAACUCUAG